GACGAAGAUGCAUUAAUCUGAUUCGCAUCUCACUGUGUCUGUAUUUGGUUCUUUAGGGUUCUAAGGCUCGAAAACUUCAAUCCCUCGUUUUCUCCGCUCCCCAAACUCCUUCAUCGAAUCACUGAGAAGGAAUAAAACGAAGAUGACAACUGUGAGCCUUACCUCCCCAUCUAUUGUUAAAGCUGCAAUCCCCAACUGGUUUACAACUUCCAUAGUCAAGGCACCAUCAUAUCUUGGUUCCGUUAAAACCAUCUCUAAAUCUUUUGGCUUGAAAUGUUCCUCGAAUCAUCGAACAACAAUGGCAAUGUACAAGAUUAAGCUUGUUGGGCCAAAGGGUGAGGUGAACGAGUUCCAAACCUCGGAAGAUGAGUACAUUUUAGAGGCAGCUGAGGCAGCAGGAGUGGAACUGCCCUAUUGUUGCAGAGCUGGAGCUUGCUCCAUAUGUACUGCAAAGGUUGUUUCGGGCUCGGUGCAUCAACCGGACGCUAUCUACCUCGAGGAUGAUCAAGUCAAGGAGGGUUAUAUGCUGACUUGUGUUUCGAAGCCGGCCUCGGACUGUGAGAUUCACACUCACAAGGAACUUGAUCUUUAUUCUCCAUCAAAAUGAUCCUUUUGACCAGAUAUUUGGGGGGUAAUAAAAUGUGUUUAGGGUCUGGGAAGUAGUUGUGUGGAGCUCUUGGUAGCAAUGUAGAGGGCUUUCAUGGACAAUGAGUUUUUCUACUGUUGCAUGUAACGUCUAUUUAAGAAUGUCAUUUUAUAAUUUCUAUCGUUUUCUCUUUUA